CCUUCUCAUAUAAGCAACAAGAAACUCCUUGGCGGCAGUCUUCGAACCAUGACACAGCGGCGUGUACUUUCACGAUUCGGCUCAGCGAUACUUCUGUUCUGCGUCUUGCAGGUGGAAGGCGCUAACGAUGGGGUGAUAAUCAAACGGUUCUUGAGCUAUAACACAAAGCAAGUGGGCCAAAAACUACGCGUUGUGAACCUGAAAUACAAUCGAUGCGGUCCAGAAAGUGAUCCAGGUCGACUGGAUGAACUGGAAAUAACGUCGACGCCCUCAGGUGACGUUCUAGUGACGCUGUCCGCCUCUACUGACGUGGACUUGGAGCCUCCGGUACAGGUCACUGUCGAGGUGUAUAAACGCCUUUUUAGAUCAUGGGUCAGGAUUCCUUGCCUCAAUAACGUUAUAGGAUCUUGUGUGCACAACGACGUCUGCCAACACGGCUUUGAAGAAUGCCCCUUCGAGAGCCUGCGAAAGAAUAGCGUCCCGUGUCACUGCCCAAUUGCUAAGGGGACGUACGCAUUCAGCCUAGUUGAGAUCCCAGUUCCUCGAAUUCCCCAAGCGAAGAUAGUAGUUGGUGAUUACAAAGCGCAGGUUGUCGUCAGAACCCACAACACACAGAUCGCCUGCUACAAUGGCAGUGCCACUGUGGAAGCUCUCAGCCAGUAA